UUUACUGUGUACUUACUUGGUAAACUGAUAUAUUUUGCUCUUUCAUGGAUAUAAUAUCCGUAUUUAUUUUGAAAAAGAAGUAUUUUGGAAUUUUAUCUUUAAUGUCGCUUUUGAUUAAUUUAAUUUAUUGGGAAUUGUGUAGUGAAAGAUGUUGACUAUCCUUGGUGUCUUUAUAUUAGCUGCUAAAUUUACUCUGUCUUAUCAUCUGUACAGGUUUUGAGGUCAUAUGCUAAGUCUUAGUCAAAACUGAGUGAUUCACAAACCUUUCCAGCAGUCUGGGAAUAUUAAUAGUACUCUUGAAAUGAACUUGGCAUAAUUAUUUGCCAUCAUUUAGGCCUUUAAAUAGAUUUCUCCUUUUUUUUCAAGUAAGUCUGAGAGGUAUGUACUAAUGUGGCUUCUAAAACCCUAAAAUCACAAAAAAUAUCAAAACAAGAAGCACUAACAUGACUUUUAUAACCUUUCAUUACUCAUGUCCUUUACCAAAAUGAGUCAACAAAUCACUCGAAGCUAAAAGCAGCACCGGAGGGAGCAGUGAUAUCAUUGCUCGCUCAGGUGUCCUAAAAGCAGUUUUUAACCACAUUCUGCUGGCUGUGCGGCUAGAGGAAGUGGAGGAUUGGCCAAGGUACUUUUUACAUGAAUCACAAACAAUUUUUGAUAGGAGAGAGCACUAUAAAGAACCCUGUCAGACCGAGCAGAACAUCAUCCGGUCAACAUGGAGCUCACAGCUGUGGUAUUGCUGGUGAUUGCUGCACACGCUUUAGCAAAACCAAUUUCAAGUGAGGAGAAAGACGAGGUGUUAUUCGCUGAGAAAUAUCUUCGAAGGUACUAUGGCAUGCCAGCUGGUCUACAAGGAAAAGAAAAAACAUCCGAUGUGAUGUAUAAGAAGAAAAUUCAAGAGAUGCAAGAGUUUUUUAAGUUGAACGUUACGGGAAAGCUGGACGACGACACUUUGGAGCUAAUGGAAAUGGCUCGCUGCGGAGUUCCUGAUGUGGCCGAAUAUAAUCACUUUCCAAAUGACCUCAAGUGGAAAACCACAGAGGUGACCUUCAGGAUUCUGAAUUACACUCCUGACCUGAGCAAGGCGGAUGUGGACAGAGCCGUCCGAAAUGGUUUAAAUGUCUGGAGCAGUGUGACUCCGCUGAAGUUUAAGAAACUGUAUGAGGGAAAUGCUGACAUCAUGAUCAGCUUCGGAGCAAGAGAACAUGGAGACUUCAACCCGUUUGAUGGACCAGAGGGGCUUCUUGCUCAUGCUUACCCCCCUGGAAAUGGCAUUGGUGGUGAUACACACUUUGAUGAGGACGAAACGUGGACCAAAGACUUUAAUGCAUUCAAUCUCUUCUUGGUUGCGGCCCAUGAGUUUGGUCAUGCUCUCGGCAUGGCCCAUUCCUCUGACCCUGGGUCACUGAUGUACCCGGUUUACUCCUACCGCAAGGGUUACCCGCUCUCUGAGGAUGACAUUAAGGGGAUCCAGUCUCUCUAUGGUGAAAACCCAAACCAUAGAAGGAUCAAGCCCAAACCCGACGCUCCAAGCAAGUGUGACCCUGAACUGAGUUUUGAUGCCGUCACUGAACUCCGUGGAGAGACAAUCAUUUUCAAAGACAGGUUUUACUGGCGGCUACAUUUACAAAUGCCUGAGCCUGAACAAACCCUCAUUAAAAGUACCUGGCCUGAAAUACCAAACAAAGUAGAUGCUGCCUAUGAGAACCCAGAAAAAGAUGUUGUCAUCAUAUUCAGUGGAAUCAAAAUGUGGGCUCUCAAUGGUUACAAUCUUGUUGACGGCUAUCCAAAAUACAUUCACAAACUGGGUCUCCCGAAGACCGUUCGCAAAAUAGAUGCAGCUGUAAACAUCCGAGAUACUGGCAAGACUCUACUUUUUGUAGAAGAGGAAUACUGGAGUUAUGAUGAGCGGACAGGCACCAUGGAUAGUGAAUACCCACGAUCCAUUAAGGAGGACUUUCCCGGAAUUGGAGAUGAAGUGGAUGCCGCUGCUUAUCAUUUUGGAUAUUUGUACUUCUACCAUGAGCAUAUUCAGUUUGAAUACAGUUACAACUCAAGGAAAGUCAUGCGUAUCAUGAGGGCCAACUCUAUUCUCAACUGUUGAGCACUUACAAUGUGGAUGUGCCAUAAACUGUCAAUUGUUAUCAACUGCUGUGAAAAUUAGCAUUUCCUUUUCUGUGUUUUCAACUACUGAGCUGGAAAAUCAGUAGAAAGUCUACAUUAUUUUCUCAUUUAUUUAUAGACCAUGAUUCUGGAAUCGUGUCUUGGAUAUUUUUGGUAAAAUUAACUUCUGUAUGAUUCUUUAUAUGCAUCCAAUGGGGAGCAAAGAAAGUGAAAUAUAUAUUGAUUGAACUAAAAACUGUAAAUGUGUUAUGCCCUCUACAAUACCAUUGUUAAAAAAAUAAUAAAAAGAAACAGAAAAAUUAAUACAAUGGUGAGUUAUUAGUAUGAAUAUGUCACAUAAGUGUUAAUGGUCAUAUUUAUUUUUAGGCUAUUCUUAUGCAUGCGUAAAUGAAUACAGUGAAUAAACAAUAAAUAAUGGAUAUUUAAAUUAAUUAAAGUGAAUAAUUAGACGUAGUAUGUGAAUUGUGGGAAGUGAUCUGACUGUAAAAUCAGCAGAAAACUUGCAAAUAUACAUAAUAUCAUAAUUAUUCCAAAUAAAAAGAAGAGGAACAAUAUGCAUGUAAUCACAAUUUGCAAUCCAUAGAGUCUCAUUUGUCUCCGUCAUUAAUAAUA